AUGGGCAAGAAGAAACCUAAGGACCUGCAGCAAACCCCUCAAACCGAUACCGUUUCAACCCCUUCCAGCAUUUUCAGCAAGCUCUUCGGCAACGCGCCGGAACAGGCCACUGCAGCCAACCCCACAGGCGCCGCCUCUCUAUUUUCCGAUGACAACCCCUUUCGGAGAAAACCCGCACCACUUUCCGAUACAACCAACCACUCUCACAUCCCUUUCAACGGCGACGCCGAGAACCUCGAUGUGGGCUACGAGAAGAAGCGGAAGAGGAACAAAGAAAAAAGCCCAGUCCUUGAUUCUGUUUCAGUAACCAAAGUUUCAGAGAAAUCAGAGAAGAAGAGGAAACGCGGUUUCGGUGAAGGAAGAGAAGGAGACCUUACUUUGGGUGCAGAAGCAAUUGGGAAAAGGAAGCGAAAAAGGGACGAUGUUGAGAGAGAGUGGGAGGAAAAGAGAUAUGGGGCGGUGGAGGAAGGUGAAAAGGGAGAGAUUGAAAAUAAAACUGUUGGGAGCAAGAGGAAGACGUUGGAUGAUCCAGCUGAUACGAUGGUUUCAAAGGAGGGAUUUGAUGACGAGGAUAAGCUUUUGAGAACAGUUUUUGUUGGGAAUUUGCCUCUUAAGGUUAAAAAGAAGACUCUGUUGAAGGAAUUUAAGAAGUUUGGUGAGGUCGAGUCUGUGAGGAUUCGUUCUGUUCCCGUACAAGAUACUAAGAAACCUAGAAAGGGAGCUAUCCUUGCGAAGAAAAUUAAUGAUGCUGCUGAUAGUGUGCACGCAUACAUUGUUUUCAAAACCGAAGAAUCGGCACAGGCUUCUUUGUCACACAAUAUGUCACUGGUUGAAGGAAAUCACAUUCGUGUUGAUAGAGCAUGCCCACCCCGCAAGAAACAUAAAGGGGAAAGCGUUCCUCUUUAUGACAAUAAGCGAACUGUUUUUGUGGGCAACCUUCCAUUUGAUGUGAAGGAUGAAGAGGUUUAUCAGUUAUUUUGUGGUAUAUCCAACCUGGAAUCAAGUGUCGAAGCUGUCAGAGUUGUUCGAGAUCCUCAUCUUAAUGUUGGAAAGGGUAUUGCUUACGUGCUAUUUAAAACAAAGGAAGCUGCUAAAUUUGUUGUUAAGAAAAGGAGCUUGAAGCUUCGAGACAGAGAGUUGAGACUCACUCAUGCCAAAGCAGAUGUCACUCCAUCUAAAAGGCCAAACCCAUCAUCAGCACAAGCUCCUACCCCUUCUAAGAGGCCAAACACAUCAUCAACACAAGCUCCUGGUACUCCUGCGAAGAAAUUUUCUGUGGCUUCACGCUCUCCUUCAAGCAGUAUUAACAGGUCAAACCGAAAAACCAAUGCAUCUUAUCAGGGUCUACGUGCAACCAAAUCUGAUGUGCACAAGAAAACUCAAGGUGUGGAGAAACCAAAAGAACGUAAGACGAAGAGACCUUCAGUGGCUGCCAGAAAGGCUAAAGCAAAAUUUCACAAGGAUAGUGGUGCACCAAAACAAGCAGGGGUUAAACGCAAGCUUGAUAAUCGUACUCCUGACGUCACCUUUCGUAAUAAGAAAGUAAAAAAGAACCGGUAA